AUGGCGGCUGAGGAUGCCCCCAGCGCCGCAUCCGCAGCGUCCUCUGCGUCAUCAGAAGCCACCACAGCGAAUGUACCUGCGACGACCCCCUGGCUGGCCACUCCGGACCGGUAUGACGGCUCCCCAGAAAAGUACGGCCCUCCUGGACCCCUCUGUGGCACCAGACGCCCUGGAACCCAUGCAACUGGGACAAGGGCACCUGACCCCAGAGGAAAGACAGCGGCGAAUCCAGGGCCGUUUGUUUGUACCUCUACUGCGGAGGGUCCGGGCACUCUAGAGCCGACUGCGCCACCAGAUAACCUCCCAGGGACCUCCGCCAGAGAUCAGAGGCCUGGGAGGAAGAACAUCAAGGCCAAUGCCCUGUCCCGUGUAUAUGAUAAAGACCCAGGUCCGAGGGUCUCCGGACCCAUCAUACCUGAGCAGUUGGUACAGGCCCCGAUCCGAUGGCAAUUGGAACAGAAAACCCAGAAGGCUCAAGAAGGGGACCCCGGGCCAGCGGACAACCUGCAGGUAAGACAUACGUUCCUGUGGCUCUCAGACCUUCCCUUCUACAGUGGGCACAUGAUUCACCAGCAGCAGGGCACCCAGGCCCCAGACGGACUUUCUCCCUCCUCCACGGAUGGUAUUGGUGGCCCUCCAUUCGGGAGAAUGUCCAAGAAUAUGUCGAGGUCUGUGAAAUGUGUUCACAAAACCGGUCGUCGACCCAGAAACCGGCAGGCCUGCUUGAGCCCCUGCCAGUCCCAGCACAGCCCUGGUCCCUUAUCUCCAUCAACUUCGUGGUGGACCGUCCCACGUCUCAAAGUAAUAGCAUGAUCUUAACCAUUCUUGAUCGAUUCUCAAAGGCCUGUUGCUUGGUGCCAUUGCCACAACUCCCAUCUGCCCUGUUUCAUCAUGUCUUUCGCCUCUACGGUCUCCCAGAGGAUAUCGUGUCAGACGGAGGGCCGCAGUUCACCUCCAGGCUGUGGAAGGCGUUCUGGCGUAAACUAGGGGUGUCCAUAAGCCUAACUUCGGGAUACCACCCACAGGGCAAUGGGCAGGUGGAAAGAUUACAUCAGGAGCUGGGCAGGGUUUUUCACAGAUACUGUGGCCAGAAACAACACCAAUGGGCCUGUUUUCUUCCUUUGGCCAAAUAUUCCCAGAAUUCGCUGCCCCAUACCUCCACAAGUCUCACUCCGUUUCAGUGUGUUUAAGGAUAGGAGCCGCCCAUAAGGGGAGGGGUUCCUGUCACACCAACAAGCCAAGCAGCCGCACCUGACGGUAAUCAAGGCCAGGGAUAAAGGCAGCGCCAUCCCGGCACAAGGUUGCGGAAUCUUGCAGUGCCCUGGCUAGCAUAUUCAGUGUUUAAUCCCUUGUACCCUGUUCCUCGUUCUUGUGUCUACCUGGCUUUCGACGUCUGCUUGCUUUCCCUUGUUCUGAGUACUGUCUUGCGUCAUGGACCUACGCCUGUGCCUGACCACCAAUUUCACCUGCCUCUCUGUGUUGGAUGGAAUCUGGGAUGACCUCACCCGCGCUUGAGUUCGAACCACCUACCUCCUGUCUCCCGUACCUGACUGUGACAGUACCAUUCCAGUUUCCCACAUGCUACAGACAGCACAUUGACAGGAGUGAAUUUAUCAUUUCCAGUGUGGAAGCAUUAAUGAUAUUAACAACUGUUUCAGAAAAAAUACAAAGUUAUGGUUUGAGAAUGACAUCGGG